CUACGUUGCACACGGCUUUUCUAGCUUCGCUGCUGCACGUCGCUCCCGGUCAUCACAUAUUUACCAUCACUGCGACGGCAAGUAUGAAGAACAUUGUUCCUUUGGCAGCCCUUGUGGCUGGUGCUGCUUCUCAGAGCACGUUCGAACCGGUUGACUUCAACAUCACCGAAGCACUCCUCGACAACGGCGUGAACCUCUCGGCUCUUCCUGACCUGGCACCACUCGUUGAUAGAGCAUCGACCAGUGGCUGUUCUGCUGCUUGCAAAUCCCUCAACCUCAUCUUCGGUAACAGCAAUCUUGAGGUUCAGUCAGAGACAGCGUUCACAUCUUUCAUCAACUCAUACUGGUCUGGCCAGCAGCGCGACAUCACUCCUCAGUGUGUUUUCAAGCCCACCAGAGCUCUAGAUGUAUCGACCGCCAUCUUGAUCUCGCGCCUGACGCAAUGUCCAUUCGCGGUCAAGAGCGGCGGCCACUCUGCCGUACCUGGAGGCUCAAACAUUUACAGCGGCAUCACCAUCAGCUUCGAGAAGCUGAGCAAGAUUUCUCUUGCUGCCGAUAAGAAGACUGCUUCUUUCCAGCCUGGCCACACCUGGUACGACAUUUACACUGCACUGGAGAAGGACAAUGCUACUGUCAUUGGAGGUCGCGUAGCCAGCGUCGGUGUCGGCGGCUUGACUCUUGGUGGAGGUAUUUCCUACUUCUCUAGCCAAUACGGUCUCGCAUGCGACAACGUCUUGAGCUAUGAAGUCGUCACCGCGUCUGGUAUCAUUAUCAACGUUAGCCAAACUUCAUACCCGGAUCUUUACUGGGCUCUGCGCGGCGGCGGUAAUAACUUCGGUAUCGUAACCCAAUUCAACGUACAGGCUGUGCCCCAAGGGCAGAUGUGGGGUGGUAUGCGAACCUACCUCGAGUCGUCCUUCCCUGCUCUGAUUGAGGCCUACUACAACCUCGGCAUGAACGCGAAAAAGGAUGGCAAAGCGCACCAGAUUCUCUCGUUCGCUUACAGUGGCGUGCCUGUUGCACAGGUCGAACUCGAAUACUCCGAGCCUAACCCCAACGCUACCAUCCUGGCUGAAUACAACGCGAUAUCUGGCGCUGUCGCGGACCAGACUGGCGUCAAGAGCCUUGCAGAGCUUACCUCAGCGCUUGAGGGCCCUGCUAGUGGUGCCGGCCUUCGUCAAGCGUUCUGGACGUGGACAGUCAAGCUUGACAAGGAUCUGGCAACCUCCACCAAAGACAUCUUCUUCGAGGAGGUUACUGCCAUCACCGACGCCGCCGACCUCGUCGCAGCGGUCUCUCUGCAAGUCAUCACCGAACCCAUCCUCGAGAAGAUGAAUGUACGUGGGGGCAACGCGCUUGGCCUCUCCGUCGCCGACGGACCGCUCAUGAACGUCCUGAUCGCACUGAAAUGGUCCAACACCACUGAUGACUCACGUCUGAACCAGUUUGCUGCGAAGGUUAAGGACCGCGCAGUCGCUGCAGCAAAAGCGAAGGGUAAGGAUGUGGCCUACUUGUACAUGAACUACGCCAGCCCCUGGCAGGAUCCUGUUGCUGGGUACGGUGCGGCAAACAAAGCGAAGUUGCAGAAGAUUAGCAAGAAGUACGAUCCUACUGGUGUGUUUGAGAAGUUGCAGCCUGGGUACUUUAAGUUGGGUGGUGCGCCGAAGAUUGGUUCGCCGUAG